AUGACCACCACCGUUCCUCCGACCCUGGAAGAAGUUUGUCCAGCUCUGGUACAAACCCCGACGGCUACUGACUUCCCAGAUGGAAUCAUGACAUUCGUGUACAACCAGAACAGGACUUCAGUCGUCGCUACGUGCUCGCAAACUGAUCCUGCAUUCGACUUGAAUGCAGCCAUUGUGGCAAAUCGCCUGAACUUUUUGGACUUCGGACCUAGGAAUGUUAGCUUCCCUGGAACGUGCAAUUCGACACUCAUGCGAUGGGAAAUGGGAGAGCCACCGUUGCUAAUCGAUACGCUCGAAUGUCUAUUGACCAAUCCUCCUAACGGAUAG